CGGUUUUUUGUUUGUUUGUUUUUACACUUUUAUACAUAUUCACUGACUCUGUGUUGUUAGUUAUCGAUGUUGAGGAAAAGUGAUGGAAAAGAAAAAGGGGGAAUAUUUCUGGACUUUUCGAAUGUGAGCUAAUGAACGGUUUGGCAAGCUACGCACACUUCCGGUUAAAGGUAGGACCGUCAGUUAAAAGCCGUUUUUAGGUGGAGAGUCCUGCACAGUUUGUUGUGGAAAUUGUGGUUCAGUAUUCUUCAGAAGAAAAACACGACAAACAGCCGGAAAAUCCCUCUUCACUGCCGUGUGACCAGAGGGCGUGGCUUGAGUUUGAAAUGUAGGCUGAAGCCCUCCGUGUCUGACAUCUUCUGGACUCUGUUGUGCAGGACAGUUUUCCUCCACUAAAGCAGUAGCUGCUUUGACGGUGUAAACUGAUACCAGGAACCAUGGUGAACUGCUGCUGUGGGCUGCUGACUUUGACACAAGAACCAGUUCCUCUGAAGAGCGUGGAGGUGGAGGUGGAGGUUCGAGACCAUGUGGCUACAGUGGUCUCCACUCUGAACUAUGAGAACCAAGAGGACAAUCCACUAGAGGCUGUUUUUGUUUUCCCUCUGCCUGGAGAUGCUGCUGUCUGUCAUUUCAGUGCUAAGAUUGGACAAACAGAGAUUGUAGCUGAGGUGAAGGAGAAGCAGAAGGCUCGCGAGGAGUACGAUGAUGCUUUGAGCUCCGGCCAGCAAGCCUUUCUACUGGAGGAGAGUGAGCAGAGUCCAGAUAUAUUCUCUCUGAGUGUUGGCUGUCUUCCUCCAAAAGAGAGUGCCUCAAUCAGACUGGAGUAUGUCACUGAGCUAGCUGUUCAGGCUGACGAUGGGCUGAGGUUUUGUCUUCCUGCUGUGCUCAACCCACGCUACCAACCUCAAGGGAGUGGCGAUCAAGGAGGCAGCAACAUCCGGGUGACGUCGAUUCCAGCCUCUAAGGUGCCCUACAGUCUGUCUUUCUGUGCCCGGGUGUCGUCUCCUCGUCCGGUGGUUAAAAUCGAGUCCAACUGUUCCCUCGAUCCUCUUCAGUAUCUGAACACAGAGCAAACCCAAGCCACGACCAAGCUGGCUGCUGGACACAAGUUUGACAGAGAUGUUGAAGUGCUGAUUUAUUACAAAGAUGCCCACCAGCCCACUGCUGUGGUGGAGGCUGGAGAGGCCUCUGCCAAACCUGGCACUCUGAUGGGUGAUCCAGCUGUGAUGCUGAGUCUGUACCCAGAGUUUCCCCAGUCUGUGAUGUCUUCAGUCACUUCAUGUGGAGAGUUUGUGUGCCUGCUGGAUCGAUCUGGGAGUAUGGGUGUGCAACUGAACAACAGCGAGAAUCAUCAGAGUCGCAUUGGCAGUGCCAGGGAUACUCUCCUCCUCCUGCUGAAGAGCUUACCGUUGGGCUGCUAUUUCAACAUCUAUAGUUUUGGGUCCAGCUAUGAACACAUCUUCCCGAAGAGUGUGGAGUACAGCCAAAAGACCAUGGAGGAAGCUCUGAAGAAAGUUGGAGAGAUGGGGGCUAAUCUGGGAGGAACGGAGAUCCUUCGACCACUUCAACAUAUUUACAGCCAGCCCUGCAUUCAGAAUCAACCAAGACAACUCUUUGUCUUCACCGAUGGAGAAGUGGGAAACACCAAAGAAGUCAUCGAUCUGGUGAAGAAGAAUUCACAUCUGCACAGAUGUUUCUCUUUUGGGAUCGGGGAAGGAGCCAGCUCUGCUCUCAUCAGUGGGCUGGCCAAGGAAGGAGGAGGUCAUGCUCAGUUCAUCACAGGCACCGACAGGAUGCAGCCCAAAGUGAUGCAGUCACUGCGAUAUGCUCUGCAGCCGGCCGUGAUCGACGUCUCAGUCUCCUGGGAUCUGCCGAAGAACGUGUCCGUCUCUGUCCUCUCUCCACCAAUCACAGCACUAUUUCAGGGUCAAAGGUCGCUGGUUUAUGCCCAGCUCAGUGGACAGAUUCCAGAGGCAGCAGAGGGCUCUGUGACAGUGAAGUACACACUGGCUGGUCAGCUCCUGCAGAACCAGUUUAACUUCAGCCUGAAACCUGCAGAGGACUCUGGACUAACAGUCCACAGACUGGCUGCUCGAGCUCUGAUUCGCUCCCUGGAGAUGGAAAACCGAGAGUCCAAAGACCAGCAGGAUGAAAGUGUGAAGAAGAAGGUGGUGGAGCUGAGCGUGCAGUCAGGAGUGAGCAGUGCCUUCACUGCCUUUGUCGCUGUCAACAAAGGUGAUGGUGAGGCAAUACAAGGACCUCUGGUGCGCAGAAAUGUGCCAAGAGCCAUGUACAUGGCCUCUAUGAGCAGGCAUCAUCGCCGUAGCCGUGGUCCUCCAAAGAUGCUCCAUGAAGUGCCUCGGUCUCUCCAAAUGGCAUAUAAUUCUUUCAGUGCAGAUGCAGCUCCUGGAGGUGGCAGAAGUUUCUUCUAUGAAGGCAGCACUACAAGAGAAAAAUCUAGAAAAAAGUGGAAAUUAAGUUUAAAAUGUCAAGACUCCUCAACAAAGAAAAGCAAGGAACCUGGAGUGGCAUGCUGGAUUGGAGACCUAUAUGAAUCAGGUGACUCUUUUGAUUCAGUAAGCAUGUGUAAGUCUCAGACAGAGGGUCCCCCCAUGGACCCUCUGCUCCAGCUGGUCUCCCUCCAGAAGGCAUCUGGCUGCUGGGACCUGGCUCCAGAUCUUGCUGCUGCAGUGGGCAAAACCAGUGAAGAGGUGGAGAAGCAAAAGCCUGCAUCGGUGAGCCAGGAAGUAUGGGCCACCAUUCUGUCUCUGAUCUGGCUUCAUGGUUUCAAGAUGGACUCUAAGGACGAGUGGGAGCUUCUGGCCAUGAAGGCCGUGUCAUGGCUUCAGGCGCAGAAUGUAUCAUGUGUGGAAGAGUGCGUGGAUGCCGGAAAUGCACUGUUGGGCUGUAAAGUGCAGAAAGAUGCUUUGGGUCUUUGAGGGUUUUAUUGCUGACUUAUUCUUUAAUGGGAUUGUGUUUGCACCAGUAAGUGCUGUGAACCAUAAACAUGAACUUACUUUAAAGGGAGCUGCUGCUGGUCCUUCAUGGUUUUGCUAUUGGCCUCUGGGAUAAAUAAAGUUGUCUGAAUCUGAAUUGUUUUGUUCUGUCUGCACUCCUUCCUGGGAAAUCAGACUUCAGUUUUACAACCUGAGACUUGCACAGGAAGCAAAGUAAAACGAAGGCUGAUUAUCAACCUAGCCUGAGUAUUUAAUACAGUGGAACAACACAUGAGCUCAUUAAUGAGAUAUUAGCUCUAUUUACUUUACUGUGGAUAAUUUGUUAUAAGAGGGAUAUAAAAGGACAGCACUUCAGCUUGUUUGUCUUCUAUGUGAGUUUAAUGU